GAAGGCGCGUGCACAGACUAAGAGAAACAAGGUUCACCCUGAAACCGACCUUAAAAAACACCGGCUCUUAGAAAUACUGUCGCGCUGUGCUAAUAAGCGGUUAAGAGUUAAAGAUGGUUGGCAGUGCUUCAACUGGUGAACAACGUGAGGAUUUUGGUCGUGAGAGUUUACAGCUGAACAAAGAUUUAGAGAAAAUGACAGAACAAAUGGAGAAUAUUUCAGUGCAUUUGACUUGGAUGGCUUACGAUACGGUCGUACUGCGUACUGACCCCCAGCUUGCAAAAUCCCUCAAGAGGUUGGAGGAUGAAUACCUUCGUUGUGAAGCUGUUAUACGCGGCUCCGCAGACAAGAAACAUGGAGAUGUCCACUCUGCCGUUUUAAACCAGAAGGCAGCCCAGGAGUAG